AUGGCAAUUGUCCAUACCUACGGGAAGCCUGACAUCUUCUUGACCAUGACCUGCAACCCUAACUGGGAAGAGAUAACGAAUGAGUUGUUUCCUGGUCAGACAGCGCAAGACCGACCUGAUCUUGUGGCUCGUGUGUUCCAUGGCAAGCUAGAGGCUAUGAAAGAGAUGUUGUUCAAGAAUAAUAUCCUGGGUGUUGUUGUUGCACAUGUAUACGUAGUCGAUUUCCAAAAGCGGGGCCUCCCCCACGCACACUUUUUGUUGAUCAUGGAUUCUGCCUAUAAGCUUGUCAUUCCAGAGCAGUACGACCGACUCAUUUCUGCUGAGCUCCCAGACAAGCAAAAGUAUCCUGAACUCCACGCCUUGGUGGUGAAACAUAUGAUGCAUGGACCAUGCGGUGCUCUCAACCCCAAAUUUUUUUGCAUGCAACAGAACGAGUGCAAGUGCAGAUAUCCGCGGUCGUUCAAUGAAAACACGGCACAGGGCAAGGACUCAUACCCUGUUUAUCGUCGUCGAGAUAAUGGUCGGCAGGCUAAGGUCCGGGGUAAAAUGUUGGACAACAGAUGGGUUGUGUCGUAUAACCCUUACCUUCUGCGGAUGUUCAAUUGCCACAUCAACGUUGAGGUUUGCUCCAGCAUAAAGGCCGUCAAAUGCCUUUACAAGUACAUAUACAAGGGCCAUGAUAGGGCUUCUUUCAGCAUCGACCAGCCUGACGCUGAUGGUAACAUUGAUGAGAUCAAAAGAUACGUAGACGCGAGGUGGGUUACUCCUCCAGAGGCGAUGUGGAGGAUAUUUGGCUUCCCCUUGUGUGCCAAUGACCCGCCUGUCCUACAGUUGCCUCUUCAUCUUCCGAAUAUGCACAGGGUGGCAUUCAAUGAGCAAGCUCACUUGACCGACGUAGUCGCCUCUGAGAAAGCUUCCAAAUCCAUGUUGACAGAGUAUUUCAAAGCUAACCAAAACCACCCGUGGGCUAGGAAUAUAUUGUACAAGAAUUUUCCUGGAAGGUUUACAUGGCAGAAGGGUAAGAAGUAUUGGAAAGAGCGGGUGGAGCGUUAUCAGAUAGGUCGAAUUGUGUCUGCCAAUCCUGCCGAGGGGGAGCGAUACUAUCUGCGUGUGCUGCUAAACCAUGUUGCUGGCAAGACAUCCUAUGAGGACCUGCUCACCGUGGAUGGCGACGUGCGUGGUUUAUGGGAUAGGCACUUCGAGCCUAUGUCUGAUGACUAUCGGCGAUCACACACGUGCCCGAUUGAGGUGGAACAGAUGGUGUUGCUUGACAUUAGGGGUAUGUUGCAGUCCAUAGGCAAAGACAUAGCUGAUUUCUCUCUUCCAUGCAUUGACGAUGCAUUCGAUCCAACCGAGGGAGAGGCCAGAGAAGUGAUCGAGGAAUCCAACGUCGAUUUUGACAUCAACGGCACUAAAUUGGCUUCGUCGCUAAACUUGGAGCAGAGGGUUGCAUACGACGAGAUACUAGCUUCUGUUGAACGCGGUGAUGGGGGUGUGUUCUUUGUUGAUGGACCGGGAGGUACACGGAAGACCUUCCUGGACAGGGCGUUGCUCGCCAAGGUUCGAAGCGAGGGAAACAUCGCUAUCGCUACCGCGACGUCAGGCGUCGCCGCUUCUAUCAUGCCUGGAGGCAGGACUGCCCACUCGAGGUUCAAGAUCCCCCAUUGA